AUGUCUGUUACCAGCUCGGCUGCCAAGCAGCCUCUCGUCGAGGUUGACAGCCUCGAGAUACAUGUUCUAGUAAAUGACGAGAUUGAUCAAAUCUCACCGAGCCCAAAUCCUCGGGUCCAACACACACAGUCUUUUGCUGGAGUUCCUCUUAGCCGAGUCCCUGAUCCUACGGCUCGUGGCGGGGCUAACUGGGAGAUGCCAAUGAGAAAUAUUUGCUGUGGUGCACAUGGCCUUUCUCUGUUUAUCACGGCAACGAAAGACGGCCGAAGCCGCACGCUGCUCUUUGAUGCUGGGCCAGAGGAAGACAUAUUCGAGAAGAACGCGGAACGGCUGAGACUCCAGAUGAGCGGUGUGGAAGUGAUUGCACUCUCUCAUUGGCACCGAGAUCAUUCUGGGGGCCUGCUUUCCGCCAUCCGCCUCAUUAAUGGCGGCAAAGCCGACGACGCUUCCGUGGUCGUCGCCCUGCCUCCGGACAGGCCAGACUACCGAGGUGCCAUGUUUGAUGAGCCUGUCUCUCUCGAGCCGGACCCUACCCUUGAGGAAAUUCAACGCGCUGGGGGAAAGGUGGAAACGGUCAACCAUGCUGGCACUGUUCUAGAUGGCAUGUUUCUCGUCUCUGGCGAUAUUCCUCGACGAACAGCUUAUGAAGGCGGCAUUCCCGGCGGUAUCAGAUAUGAUUCGACAACCAAAAAGUGGACACCCGACGAGUUGAUCAUGGAGGAGCGCUUUGUCAUGUGCAAACUCAAAGGUAAAGGUCUGGUAAUCUUCACAGGGUGCAGCCAUGCCGGCCUGAUAAAUAUCGCCAAAAAUGCGAGAGAGCUUGAUGAGAGUCCUAUUUACUCCAUCGUCGGCGGUUAUCACCUGGCGGAUGCGUCUCCCGAGAAGAUGGACCAGAGCAUCAAGGAUCUGAAGGAGCUUGAACCAGCUCUGCUCAUGCCAGGACAUUGUACGGGAUGGAGGUUCAAGGGUCUCGUUGAGAAGGAAAUGCCUGGUCAGAUGGUUCCUAUUUUCGGCGGCACCAAAUACACCCUCUAG